CCGCGAGCACCUUCUCGCCCGCGCGUCUUCUAUUCGAGGACGACAUUUCAAAUGCUCGCCUUACACCUCAAGUCUAUUCGACCGUUGGGCCCGCCUCUGUGGCCCUGCACACCGCCUCCUGGUUCUACCAAGGCCUGCUAUCAUCUAUCACGCGGCGCCGCUCGACCUCGUCGCUCACUGGUCAUUCGCCUCAUCAACCGUUCGGACUGAAAAGUCGUGGCCUCGGAGCAUGCCAACGGUCAGUCAGGGCCUGCUAUUCUCGCAAAGGAGCGUGCAUUGCAGCGAGUUUGGGCUGAGAGCUGGCAAGCGUUCGCGCGACUCUAUGGCCUCAGCGCACCGAGCGCACGGAUGGAUGGUUUGGCGGAUGGAUUUGCGCUCCAGCGAAACUUGCAAAACUUGCAACCUCUGAGCGCUUUGCUCUUCCUUCUCUUCCUCAUGGUUAGUUACAAGUUUUCGCGCGCAAAGUCUUCACUUAGCAUUUCAAAACUUUCGACAAACCAGCUCGACACGAUGGUCUCCUUCGUUGUCGUCCUCCUCGCCGUCCUGGCACUCCUUCUGGCUCUUGAGCCUGUCUCUCCCGCGGUCAUGGCGAUCCUCUUCGGAGGCUUCGUCGUGUACGCUUUCGUCAACUCGGUCGCUGCUUCGGUCCCUUCGAGCACGACCGCUAUCGACGCUUCGGUCGUUGCUGCCCAUUCGAGCACGACCCCGGUUGUUGCUGCCCCUUCGAGCACGACCACGGUUGUUGCUGCCCCUUCGAGCACGACCCCGGUUCUUGCUGCGGCCAUUUCGAGCAAACCGAAAGUCAACUUCAACAUCAAAAGCUCCUUUUCUGGUCGCACUGCUCGCGGUGUUCUGCCAGCCUCUGGUCUUAAGUCUCGCGAUGCGGCUCCGACUCGAAGUGGUUCGGUCGGUGGUGUCUUCGGUCCUGGUCUCGCUUCUUCGGCUCGUGCUAGUUCCGCCUCUCGCCCUACGACUCGCCCUCCAACUCGCACCUCGGUUUCUUCUGCGGAUGCCUCGGCUCGUGAUGGCAAGAGCGAUGGCCAUGUAUACAUGCCCUCGUAUCUCGCAUCGCUUCGUACCUCCGCCUCUGGUUCUCGCCUCCAAGUCCUUCACCUGGAUGCAUCCCUCUCGGCUCCUCGCGUUCUCAGCGCUCCUGGUCCCGAUGGUCUCGACGCGGUCACCGGCACUUCCGAUCUCGCUCCUGGUCUCUCUGGUACUGGAUCGUCUGAAUCGGUGACUUCGGUGCAAGCUCCUGUCUCGGAAUCUCUUCCUCGAGGUGUUCGUGGUCUUGGGUUGUUGUUUGGACCUUUCUCUGAGUCACGCGCUUCUGAUCUUGGUCGCGCCUUCCGUUCUCUCGGACCUUGGACUGUUGGCCCUCUCGUCUCCAACGUUCCUGCCACCGGUUCUACUUCGACACCUGGCGCCCUUGCCGGUGUUGACUCCGACAGCGAGAACGAGGACGACGAGACUCCCCGCGCCUCGGUUCUUAACAAAUUCGUCAAUGUGCCUGCUUCCCCUCCUCUUGCGUCGGCAUCCGCUUCGAAGUCGAGAAAACCUUCUGCUUCGCGUCCGCGUCCGCGUCCGCGCCCAGUCCUUCCUGCCUUCCCGACCGACUGGAACCUUCGUGCGCCGAUUCGCGACUACAGCCUCUCCCGCCCUCGCACUCCCGAGCACAGCCUCCCUCGUCCUCCCGCCGGCUUCGUCUGUGGCGGUUUCCGUCACGUUGAGAGACCCGAGCUUUGCAAAUCGUCGCCGCUUCCUCUUGCGACCCCUGCAACUCCUCCAGUCGAUGGGCCAGCCAAGCUCGAUCAUUGUCACGAUGCUCUCCCACCGAGCGAAACGAACUCUGUUUCCGUCGGAGGUAACGAGGUCAGCACCAAGGAUGCUGAAAGGGUCAUGUGUUCUAGCAGCUUGCAAACCGAGGAUCUGCCUUCUCCUUCCGUUGAUCAGGACGUUAGCAAUGAGGAGAAGGAAGUAUCUGACGACGUUAGCAAUGAGGAGCAGGAUGGCUCUAACAACGUCAGCAUUGAGGAGCAGGAAGGAUCUGACGAUGCCGAUCCGGACAGCUCCUUCGACGACGUUUUGGAAUCGACUGCGACCGAUGACACUUCGGAAUCGGCCGCGACCGACGAGACGUCGAUCGAGCUCCUGAACUCCCCGCCUGCGUCCGGUGCUCUCCUUGUGUCCGAGUCGCCCAUCGCAGAGGAUCUCAACGACCUUGUCAUGCUGUUCGAGCGUAUGUCGAUUGACUCCGAGUCGCUGCUCACUGACGCGGCCGACCUGGUGGGUGCCGUUGAGGAUGCUUCCCACGCGAUUGGUUCUCUGGCCUCUACUGAGCCAACAGCAAACGACGAUCUCGUCAUGCUGCUCGAACGUAUGUCGAUUGACUCGGAGUCGCCUGCUUCGCCAACCUCCCGCGACGAUCUCGAAGAUGUCGUGCUCAUGCUUGAGCGUUCGACCUUGCAGGACGCAUCCUCACUGGACAACGCUCAGGAAGACUCGAUGGAAGUGGACGAGCCCACGGCUUUCGAAGCGGUCGACAGCAUCAUGGACGUCGAUUGUCCUGACUGCGUGAUGCUGGAAACGGUCGACGUCGACAUGGACAUGACGCCUGCCAAAACCUCGAAGAGAAUGAGCGACGACGUGCUCGCUGGUCCGUCCAAGCGUGCUCGUAGGCUCAAGCCUUCACUCGGCGGCAAGAGGCGCGUCUCCUCGGCCGCCAAGAUGAUCAGAUCUGACCUUCGCCACUGGCGCGUGGUCAAGACCUUGCAUGCGCACUUCGCUUCAUGUGCGUGGCACUCAAAGAUGAGCUGCCAGGCGCGCUUCGAGACGCAUCUAGCCUGUUGAUGAUGGAUCUCGACGUAGAGGUGACGGUCCACGAAGCUAUUGGACAUGGACGCUCCCUCCUCGCGCGACACGAUCGCCCGCGUGCGAGCACCUCUAUGCUCUUUCGAAUCAUUCGUAGUUGUGCAAGUCUCUGCACUCGUCUUCGUCACCGUUCUUGUCGACCUUUCUUUG